GUAUUGUGUUCUUUACAAAAAAUGGAGUAUCCCAGGGCAAUGCGUUUUCAGGGUUAAAACAUAUCUGGUUCCCAACCGUUGGUGCUGAUAAUAAAUGUAAAAUUGAAGUUAACUUUGGUGAUGGAACAAAAGAGUUUCUAUAUAGAGAAGCUAGAGGAACGAGCGUUUCAGGACCGAUAAUAUUACCUCCCAAUGGAUAG